GUUUGAUGCCCCUUAGAAUUCAUGCGUGCUCGUCUUUUUGACUAUGGCGGUCUGACGAACUUUUUUGUUGAAUUUCUCCUACGGGAGAGCGGAAAGGUUGACAUAUAACAAACCCGUCGUGAUCGAUCUGGACAGCAGUUCUAAAGCCGCCGGCCAUAGACAGUCAAGAACGUGGCGUUGGACUGACGUAGUUCAAAUGCCAGCAAACCGACCCAACCCAAUCGGAUUCCGCGCUUGUUGAUUUUAUUUUACCCAGACCGCUCGCCCUGAACCUCGUUCACUUGGCCCCAGCAAUCCUCCUUGGACAUUUUUUUUUUCCAAGCACGGAGGUUGCAGUGCGUGCUACUACUGCACUGCAUCAACAAGGGUCCUGCAAAGAUUCUGCAAAGUCUCGCGUGACAAGCCGGCAGACAGGCGGAUAAGCAAACCCUGACACCAUUCGUUUUAUCACACGUAAACUCUGUACAGCGAAUACCGACCAAACAUUGGAAGUAUUGUGUGCCUCGGCCAAAACAAACAAAUUUCGUUUUCUGUACGAAGCACACACAGCUUCGUCCCGUGUUUUAUCGGCACAGCCAGUUGCUUCUGUCCUUCCCCACUGCAAAUCAUAUCAACAAUCACCGUUGAUCGCCGAGCGAAGGGUAAAACAAAACAAUGGAAGCCUGAGAGAUAUAUCACGGUCAAAACAUCAGCAUCCCGGUCGUUCUCUAGAAACCGCCGGCGAAAACACCAAUCGCCCAUCAACUGCAGCCAUACUUAAAAUAUCUAGCGUACUGCGCGCGGACUCCAGACGCACGUCCGAACCCAACAGUACUAUACAUCCUAACUUGACUCCGGGAUCAAAACUCAAAAAAAUGGCCUACUCUGGUUUACACGUGCCUGGGGCUUUUCAACUCGAGAGUCCCGGCACUCCACGCCGCCCGGCUCUCAACGCAGACCUCUUUCGAGCUCCUGUGGCCACCUCGCCGUCCAGUUCUCUUUUCAACAUACCCAAAUUACGAAAUAACGACCACCCAGCGAUACCGACACCAGCAAGUUCCUACGCCAAAAGACGACGUGCAACCCCGAAACCGUCGUGGAUACCCAGCCGCGCGUCUGCGCCUGCGCACGAGUCGGACACUCCAGUGUCCCACACCCCAGUGGAAAGCUCCUACAGCGCCCUAUCAUCUUCCACCGGAUACUUCGGAAACGCCGGUAGCCUUUUAACCCCACGCGAUACUGGGCGGAAGGAACCCUACUACGUACUGGCUGGUCACAUCGAGACUCCGGGUACACACGAAGCGGAACAAUCGGCUUUAUUGGAUGACGAUCUUGGAGUCAACCAUUUAGACGUUGACGAUCGAAGGACUAUGGGAUAUAACUCUACGAUAUCUUCGAAGCGAUCACAUUGCGAGAUGGAAGAAGACCCUUUCUUGACGCAGACCCUUUCGACACCAACCUUGCGAACGGUGGCGAGGCUAUUAUAUACCGAUGUUACAGCGCCUGGAAGCCCAAACCUGCUGCCCAGGUGGCCGGGCAACGGAUGGACAGCGUUUGCGGUUAACACCCCUAUAAAUAUUAUCGGGAAGUGUGUUGGAAAAUGCUGGGAAUUCGUCAAAUCUAGCACGUUUGCGGGUUUCCAAGCUGGCUCAGGAGAUACAUAUCCUGUCCAACCAACCCGCACCGGAAACAGGAUGCCCCGCCGCGUCCCCUCCAACAACGAUCUCAAAGCAGGCCUUGGCCUUAGCAACCCUAUUGUAUUUGGAAAUGGUGGAAGUGAACUUCUUCACCCGGACGUGCUCCGGUGUGAGAAGAUUCGGGACCGAGACCCGGCGUCAUCGCCGUCGCGGCCAGCAGUAAAGCGCAGGCAGCUCUCGGGCGUUCCCAGAGCUCCCGAGGACCUGCAGCAAUGGGUUAUAGUGGACAACUCGAGCAGGCCUGGUACCCCUGGUCGCAGGUUCUCUGAAUAUCCUACUGGCGUAGUCCGCGGGCCCAGCCCGAGCCGCAACAAUGCGCGCUCGCCAUUGUGCCAGGAAAAGCGGCCGUAUCCGUCGAGCGAGGUAUCAUUUCCGUCAAAUUAUGCAUCCUCCACUGCCACUUCCUACAACCGGCGCAUCAGCGUCCCGGUAUCACGUCUGGCUGCCAACGCCACCAACACCCCCUCAAGAGCAUCGUCUCCAGCUCUGAACCAUCGGCCAGCAUCUCGGGUUUCCCACGCCGGCUCGGCCACCUUGUCGUCUCGUCAGUCAGCCAGCUAUGCCUCGCCGCGAUCGCCCGCGACGCCCUGUACUGCCCAGUUCUCCCCUGUCACCACCUCAACCCCCAGCCGCCUGCCUGUGGCGUCAAUACGCACGAGCCCUAAUCCCAAUGUCUUUGCUCGUCCCAAGUCAACGGAACCGGAAAACCGUCGUCAGUCAAUCUCCCUCGCAUCGCCCAUCCGGACCCCUACAAACCAAACCGACAGUGACAGCAUGACAAUGAGCAUAGGAUCUUCUUCCUCCUCAACAUGCUCGUCUGCGUCAUCUGUCCGCAUACACAGGCGUGCCCACAGCGCCGUUACGCCUAGCUCGCGCCGCCGUUCCAUUAUUCACGGCGGUGCCACCAAGGAGGACAAAGCUGCCGUCGAGUCUAGCAGUCCUCUGAUCUCGGACAACUCCAAGAAGAUCCUUGCCCAGAGGCGUAAGCAGGAUCGCGACACAGACGCCCGCAUGGAAGCGCUGAACGCCCAGAUGCAGGCCAUGAUCCGGCAGGGCAAGGAGGCGCUUGGAACAAGCUUCAUUGUCGAGUCCGACGACGAUACCGACGGAAGCGCACCCAAGGGCGCCUCCACAGCCGGUGCUGAGGCCUGGGUCGACGAGGACGACGACUAGACAUUUGUCCAUCCUCUCCUCACUCUCCCACAUCAUGAAAUCGCCCGUCAAAGACCUCUCACUCUUUGCACUAAAAGAAGCGGUUCAUUGACCGUGUCAAAAGUCUUCAGAGCUUGUACAGCAGGCCAACCAUCAGAUGCAAUUUGCUCCUGAAUGAUCACGCCACUUUCAUAUCUAUAUUCUUUGAUACCAAACAACCAUUAGUAUUGUCUUAAUACCCCUUUUAUUUAUUUGGCAUCUACCAAAUACGCGUACCAAAAUGUUUGAGUUUUCUUUGUGUUUACCCAUCAAAAGAUACCUGGACGUUGCUUUCAUACGCACGCAAUAGCGUUUUGCUCGCUUUAGCCUGCUUUUUUUUGUUUUGUUUUUUUUCAUCUUCAAUGGGUGGUUAUCUUUUUUGAAGUCUGGGCUGUAAAUUCAACAAGGGUUGUUUUGUUCAUAUCAGCAACGAUUGUUUUUGUUGCGUGUAUAUAUCAAUAUCAGCCUUCACAUAGUGAAAAGACAAGAAAGGGUUUCACCA